GCGUGUGUAUCUAUGGAAUUAGAAACUAUAAAAAUAAAUUAAGAAGAAUCAUGCACCUUAGAAUAGUCUAAAAGAUCAACGGUUGAAUGAACCAUAGCCUUCUUUAAUCAUUCUCUUUGUAUCAUUGAUUCAUUCAUAAUAUAUACCUCUUCAUAAUUCCAGUCACCUCGUUAUAAUUUAUUCUCACUCAAAACCAAAACAAAAAAAUAUAAAAUUCCCUCUCCCCUCCACUCCUAAAUGCCAUCCGUUGAUUAUAGCAAUGUUGAUUCAGUCUCAACACUUCAUCCUGACAUCAUCCAAACCCAAAUCUUGACCAGACUCGACGGUCCGACCCUUGCCUCCACGGCAUCAACCUCCUCCUAUCUCCAAACCCUCUGCACGGAACAGAGACUCUGGCAAGAACUCUCCACCGUCACAUGGCCCUCAAUAAAAGACUCACGUGCCGCUCAAGCCAUCUCCUCCUUCCCUUCCGGCUACCGUUCCUUCUUCGCUGACUCGUACCCGUUCACUGAAUACACGUGGCAGUCAGGAAGAGACGAUCCACCAACCACUGGAUUAAUCUCAGCCGUUGACCUUUAUUACCGAGGAGAGUUAAUCUACUCCAAGGUUCAAGAGAUUGAAAAAGAGAGUGGUAAAGCAGGAUGGUUCUUGUCGACCCCGUUUAGAGUCGAUAUGCUCGACCCGAGAGAGUCGGUUAAGACCCGGAUUCGGUAUCCGGGUGGGGAUUACGAGGCGUGGGUGAGAGAUAUGGAGCAGGGCAUGAAGCUAAACUGGAUCGUUAUUGAUCCGGUUAAGAAACGUGCGGCGAACGUAUCGAGCAGAGAGGCGGUUUCAGCAAAGCGGAACUGGAUAAAUGGAGACUUGGAGAUAAGAUUUUCGACGGUGGUGGCGGCGGGAAAGGAGAAGGCGGCGGAGGUUGCGGCGGUUGUGUCGUGUGGAUCGGCAGAGACGUGGAAGGAGGUGGACGAGGAAGUGGGAGGAGAGGUGCACGUGAGGGACGUGAGGUUGCAAGUUGAGGACAUUGAAGGGAAAUGUCUGAAAGGGAGGGAUAGUUUGGUAAUAUUACAAGGUUUGUUGGUAGGGAAGAGAUGUUGUAAAGAUGGUGAUGGUGAAGAGAGGAGAGGUAAAGAAAGGUAUGAGGAAUACGUGAACAUGAAAACACAGUGGAGAGAGAAGAAAGAGAGGAGAGAGAGAGUUCAAGACACGAUUUUUAUGAUCUUUGGCUUCUCUAUGUUUGUGCUUUUGUGGAGUUUCAUUUUGUUAAGGUAAAAUGUUAAAAAAAGGGUGAAACACAACAUAACAGAUACAGGACACACACGGACGCUUCUUUUUUGAUCAUCAUUGUUCUUUUUUUUUUCUUAAUAAGAAAUAUAUGAGAAUAGACAAAGAUGUUUGAUUAUAGAAGAGACAUAUACUACCUUUAUGAUCUUUGGCUUCUCUAU